AUGGCGCUCAACAACUUCCUCUUGGCGCAGUGCGUCUGCUACUUCUUGGCCUUCCUGUUCAGCUUCGUGGUGGUGGUGCCGCUGUCCGAGAACGGGCACGACUUCCGCGGCCGCUGCCUGCUCUUCACCGAGGGCAUGUGGCUGAGCGCCAACCUGACGGUGCAGGAGCGCGAGCGCUUCACGGUGCACGAGUGGGGCCCGCCGGCCGCCUGCCGCUUCAGCCUGCUCGUCAGCCUGCUGUCCCUGCUGCUGGCCGCCGCGCACGCCUGGCGCGCGCUCUUCUUCCUCUGCAAGGGCCACGAGGGCUCCUUCUUCUAUGCCUUCCUGAAUCUGCUGGUCAGUGCCCUGGUGGUCUUCCUCGUCUUCAUCGCCAGCACCAUUGUGAGUGUGGGCUUCACCAUGUGGUGUGAUGCAAUCACUGAGAAGGGCACCACGCCGCACAGCUGCGAAGAGCUGCAGGACCUCGACCUGGAGCUGGCUGUGGACAACUCCGCCUUCUACGACCAGUUCGCUGUGGCCCAGUUUGGCCUUUGGGCCUCGUGGCUGGCCUGGCUGGCCAUCACCGUGCUGGCCUUCCUCAAGGUCUACCACAACUACCGCCAGGAGGACCUGCUGGACAGCCUGGUCCACGAGAAGGAGCUGCUGCUGGCCCGGCCGGGCCCCCGAGCUGCCUGCCGGGAGGACAAGAGCGCUGUCAUCUAG